AUGCCAAGCGACAUGCGACGAGCAUGUAUGAGUAAGAACCGUGAAGUAUCAUGUUAUCUUUUGACGAAGAUGUCUUGGAAGGGGAAUUACAAACGUCUUUUCACAAUCGGCACUCUUGGUGUAACAACAUACAACAAGGAUACUUUAAGAGUGACAAACCAGUGGACCUAUGAAGAAAUCUACGAGAUUAAAAUAGAUCAUAAUAUCAAGUCAAAUCAACCACAGCUUAAACGUUUCAUUUUGGAUAUAUUAGACACUAAUCGUAAACGUCAUGAAUUAACAUUUGCUACGGAAUUUCGUGUUGAAUUAUUAACUGAUUUAUUGCAUUUUCGGGAUAAAUUUAUCAAAGGAAGUAAAUCAAAUGUGCGAAUACAUGCUACUAAAGUUAGUUGGUCAGAAUCAACAUAUGAUGUAAUCUUGGAUAUUGGUCCAAUUUCAAUUGAUGUACGUAAUCCACGUACUGGUGAAUUAUGGAAAACUUAUGAUUUUAAAGAUAUUGAAUGCAUUAGUAAAAUAAAUGAUACUUCGAAUGGAGUAGCAAUUAUUCACGGUGGGUUUGGACAUAUUCAUAUAUUCCUUACGCGUGAACCGGAUAAUUUAAUCAAAGAGGUUAACAAAUCUGCCCAUUCCAAUCUCUCUGUAUCAUUUAGUCAACCGUCGAGUCCAUUGACACGUGAUUACUGCACAGAAUAUAGACUGGGGAAAGUCAAUCAAGAUCAUUUAAUUUCUCAAGCUGAAUUCACUGUACAAAAAUUAUCUAAUCGUUAUGGUGCUACGAAUCAAAUGAAAACAGUUUCUCGUUUAAUGUGUCUAACUGAAUCAUUGUUAUUAGAAAGAGAUCCAACUAGUUAUCGUCCAGUUUCUGCUCAUCCAUUAUGUGAAAUACAUUUACUUGUUCGUGAUCGUUUUCAACCACAAAGAUUUUCUAUUGAAUAUGUUCGUGGACAAAUUGCUACAUAUUUUUCCACUAACAGAGAUGCUCUGUUAGCAUCAUUGUUAGACGGUGUACGUGCCAGUGGUAAUCGUGAUGUUUAUGUGUCCAGUUCAUUCUCUGAUCGAAGUUUACGUUUUAUUCCAUUAAUGAAUUCAGCAACUGAAGAAGUUGAAUCAGUACAUUUAAGAUUUUUACGUCAACGUCCAGACGGUGUUUCAUUUUGGGAAGUAGUACAACGUUUCAAUGCUAACAUUGCCUACAGUGGUUUAUUACAUGCCGUUACUCAAGACGGUGUUUUUGCAGAAAAUAAAGAGAAACUAAUCAAAGAUGCAUUGGUUUGUAUUCUUACACAAGAUACACGUAUAAUUGAUGCAAAUCCUUUAACAUCUAUUAGACGAUCAUCAUCAUCAUCUUUACAUUAUACUACUGAUAAUAAUACUACUAAUAAUAAUACCACUACUACCACUAAUCCUAAUUACGAAUUAAUUUUAAUUGAAGCACAAUUUCAUGCAUUACGUCGACUGGUUGCAUCAAAAGCGGGAUUUAAUGCUUUCACUCAAUUACCGGGAAUGCGUGUAACAUUAGGUCAACUUGUAGUGAAUGCAUUAAAACUACGUGAUGAUGCUGUCACACAUUCUGUCUUAGAUGCUAUUAAUACUUUAAUGCAUCCAAUGCAUGAUCAACCAGAUAUUAGACAAGAACAAUUGAAUAAAGCAUCUAUCAUGUCUAGUGAAAUAUUUCUAUCUCAUCUUGUUGAUAUAUUCACAUUACAUGCUUUACGUGGAAGUGGUUCACUAGUUCUUUGUGCUUUAUUAGACUUCUUUACUUAUGGUGUUUGUUUACCAUAUUCUGAAACAUCUGAAGGUGGAUUAUUCGAUAAUUUACUACGUUUAUUAGCUAAUCGUGGUCGUGCAUUGUUUCGAUUAUAUCUUCAUCCAAGCUUAGCUAUUGUUCGUGGUGGAGGUAUGAUAAUGCGUGCAUUGAUUGAAGAAGGUGGAACAGAUGUUGCUAAAGAAUUACGUAGUUUAGCUUUGACUGAAGGUGCGCUGUUACAUCAUUUUUGGACUGCUUGUUUUACUCAAGGAAAUGAUCCACGAAGUUUAGCUGUGCAACAGCUUAGUCGUCAAUUAGUUGCAUUAUGGUCUGAAAAUAAUCAAGAUGCAUGGGAUUUAUUUAAAAGAAUGCUUCCAUUAGGUUUACUGUCAUUCCUAGAGUCAACCGAGGAACCCCCUGUAAAACUUAUCAAUAUGUUACCAGAUCGUGAUAAUUUACAAUUAGCUCAUGAACAUAUGAUGCGUAUAGAAGAACGUAAACAAACUAUCUCAUAUCAAUUAGAAUCAAAAAUUGAUGAUUUGUUAACACAUUGGCGUCUACGUGUUGGUCUUCCUAUUCCUAAAGUAAUUGGAAAACAAAAUCAUAUAAAAGAAGCUGAAGAACGUCCUGUUGUACUACGUCGACCUCGUCAUCUACUUCAAUCAUUACGCGGUGAUUCGGUUAAUUGUAAACCGACAACUAAUUGGCGUUUAUUUUUCUAUCAAUUUCAGCAGGAUCAUGCUAAAGCUGAUUUAAUUUGGACUAUACGAACAAGAAAUGAAUUACGUGAAUCAAUGGAGAAAGAAUUACAAGAAUUUCAACAAGAACGUAAUUAUUUUGCACAAAGUCGUUUAGAAGAAUCAGAUCUACCAGAUUUUGAUCGAUCUGAACCAAUUGGUACUGGUCAAGCUGAACGUAUAUUUCCAAUUGGUUUAACUAGUAAAGCUCAAAGUACACCAAAUAUCUGUAAUAAUAAUAAUAAUAAUAAUAAUAAUAAUAAUAAUAAUAAUAAUAAUAAUAAUAAUAAUAAUAAUAAUAAUAAUAAUAAUGGGACAAUGAAUGAACAUUCACAAUUAUCCACAAUGGAUCAUCUUCAAUCUACUAUAGAAACUAAUCAAUUUGAUAAACAUGAUGAUAAAGAGAUUAAAUUGAAUUCAUCGAAAAUACAAAAUUCUAAUGAUCAUAAUGAUACACAAACUUUAUCAAGAUCAUCAAAUCUUAAUAGAAGAACACGAACAUCAGUUAGUCCAACUAGAAUACAAGCGGAUCAUUUAAUUAAUCAGGCAAGUCUUGUUUCAUGGAAUUAUAGAGAAUUUAAAGUGAAUUAUCCAAGUUUAAUCGAAGAACCACGUGUUGGCAACUAUUUUUUACGUUUAUUACUUGAAGAAGAUCGACAUGUGAAUGAAGUAAUUGAUGCAACUACAUUGACUAAUGCAAAUUCAACUAAUGUGUUAUCUAUGGGUCUAUCACGUAUUCGUGAUAGUACUGCAUUUUUCAAUGAAUUAUUUCGACGUUACCUUCAAUAUGUUGCAUCGGAUCCAUAUUAUUCCAUUAAUGAUAAUUCUAUUAAACGUUAUACAACUGAUUGUAACAAUUUAACACCCAAUACAUUACGUCGUCUUACAAUGCGUUGUUUAUGCUUACAUGCUAUGUCAGUUGUAUAUCACCGAUGUCAUCAUGAGAUUGGUCCAAUUACAGAUAUUCCAUUACUUACUUAUUUAUUAGAUCGUACAACAUUUGCAUCUGAAAGAGAUUGUCUUCUUUUACUAUUGGAUAAAUUAAUGUUGAAUAAGAAUAAUGUUAUGUCAUUUGUCGAUGCUGAUGGUGUACGUGUUCUCAUCGAUUUAGCAUGUUUAGCACAUUUACAUACAAAUCGAGCACCUACCCCAUUUCAAUCCAAUGUUUUAAAAGCUAGUUCUGAACAAGAGUUUUCAGGUACUGGUGCAAAUACUCAACGAGAAUGGUGGUAUAUUAAUACAACACAAACAGAACAAACAACUAAUGGAUCAAUAACCAAAUCUGGAUCUCAUUCUAUUCAAGGUCCAGUUAGUUUUUAUGAACUACAACAAUUGAUUAAAGAUGGACGUAUUAAUAAUGCUACAAAAGUAUAUGCCCAAGGUUUAGAUGCAACACCUCGUUGUCGUCCAGAUGGUUAUUUAGCUGAAGAUGAUUUUGUUGAUAUCAAAGAAGAUAGUAAUAACUUCAAUAAAUCAUCUAAUCAAUCACAAGAAAAUCAUUUAAAUAAUGAUACUAUAUCAUUAGAUCAUUCUGAACAAAUGAAUGAGAAAACUAUUGCUUGUGGAAUGUAUGGUUGGAUGCCAGCUAAACGUAUUGUACAAAUUCGUUGGACACUUUCUGAUAUUUCAGAUAUGAAAUUAUCAAAUUCAUCUAAUCUGUCUACUCGUUCUAAUCCAACUGUUAUUAGUAGUAAUAAUAAUAAUACAAAUAAUUCAAUUACUGGAAAUCAUGAAAUAAACGUUGGUUGUUUAAUUGAUAAAUUAAGUUAUACUGGUGGAAUGUUUACAAAUUAUACAAGUUUAGCAAUAAAAUGUAUAGAUAUUUUACGUCGAUUAUGUGAUAGUUGUUCAUCACGUGAUCUACAUGGUGGUGUUGUACGUCCAUUACCGAAACCACGUCGUGCUAUCUCCGAUAUGAAUUGUCUACCGCAUGUAAUUCAACUACUACUGACCUUCGACCCACCAUUGGUUGAACGUGUUGUCUCUCUUCUACAUGCUGUUAUGGAUCAAAAUCCUUUUCUACCACGACUUUACUUAACUGGAAUAUUUUAUUUCAUAUUAUUAUACACUGGUAGUAAUGUUUUACCAAUUGCAAAGUUUUUAAAAGAUGUUCACUUAUUACAAGCAUUACGCUUAGAUGAAUUCACUGGUUCAUUAGGAAUUGAUUUAACCUCACGAUCAAUUCUGGGCAAUAUGUUGCCUGAUGCUAUGAUUGCUUACUUAGAAAAUCAUCCACCAGAAAAAUUCGCAGAGAUUUUUCUUGGUGAUUUCGAUUCACCUGAGGCGAUAUGGAAUUCAGAGAUGAGACGUUAUAUGAUCGGUCGAAUUACAUCACAUUUAGCAGAUUUCUCACCACGUUUACAUAGUAAUAUACGUGCUAUUUAUCGAUUUAUCGGUAUGCCAAUUAUCAUUUAUCCACAAUUGGAAAAUGAAUUAUUUUGUCAUAAUUAUUAUUUACGUCAUUUAUGUGAUCUACAACGUUUUCCUGAUUGGCCUAUACGUGACCCGGUAGCAUUAUUACGUGAUAUAUUGAAAACAUGGCGUGACGAAUUACAAAAGAAACCAGUGAAUAUGUCUUAUGAAGAAGCAUUAAGUGAACUUGGAUUAGAUCCAGCUCUGUUAAAUUCUUAUGUGUACAAUCAAUGUCAGAAAGUAAUACAAUUAGUUGUUUUAAUUCGUAUUGUUAAUCGUUGUAUCGGUGAAGAAUUAGGUUUAAUUGGUGAAACAUUAUUUUGUCUAUUUGAUACACAAUAUUCUGAUCCAUUAAUUGAACAAGCUUUAAAACAUGAUCUUAUCGGUUUUAUAUUACGUAUGCUCCAAAAUGGUUUCCCAUCUUCAGUACGAGAACCCGGACAAACUCGAGCCUAUCUCAUAAAGGCAUUAAAAGCUAUGCAAUACAGUGCUGUAUAUGGUGCUAAGGUGACUUCAAUUCUUGAAACAUAUCCUAAUUGGGCAGAUUAUCGAGAUCAAGGUCAUUCUUUAUUUAUUGCUAAUGUACCACAAUCAAUGACAACAUAUUUAACAGCUGGUCCAGCAUCAGGUAGUUUACAUAGUGGAUAUUUAACAACAUCACAUGAAAUAACUCCGUCAUCUUUAUCAAAACCUUAUUGAUGAAAUAAAAUGAUCCAUUUCAUCAUUUAUUCAUUCAAUUACAUACUUGUACUCAGGAUAAUUCAUCUUCAUUGUAAUUAAGUGAAAACAAUCUCUUUCUCUCUCUUUUUGUUUUCUUUUUGGAAUCAUUUAUUACUAUUCCUACAUUACAUAAACAUGAGUACACAUGCACACACACACACACACUGAAUCUACUGUCGUGUAUACAUGUUUUUACAGUUUGCUCUUCAAAUGUCUCUACAUAAGUGUGAUGGUAUUCAUGCUGAUGUUGAUACUGAUGAGGAUGAGAAGGAGGAUGAUGAUGAUGAUGAUG